AUGGAUGGACCAAUGAAUGGACCUUUCGGAGAAGCUCUCGGCAGGUGGAUGUUCUGGGUCAUGGAUCGUAUAUGGCCGGGUCCAUCGAUAGAUCCAGCCACCGACCCGGACGAAUUCGACCUUCCUCCGGAGAGCGAAGCCGCCAAAGCGCUUCGUGGAAUACACGAGAUAGGAAACUACGAAGACUUGCCGUUCGAGGUUCGAUUGAUCAUCUUUGGUCAUUGGCUUAAACAGUCUCGCCAACCACCUUGGGACAUUAGUGUGGAGAUGACGAUUCCUGACUGGGUGACGCCUGAGUACGAAGAGACAUGGUUUCAAAACACCAAAUUCAUCUUGCCGGCUUCCAAGUUCCGCAGGCCAGACUUUUACCAACACGACUUUGGUGCCAGACUCGAGGCGAACACUGUCAACUUUCUCGCCAGACUCUGUGGGCGCCGAAACGCCCCGCAGCCAGUGACAGUAGAGGUGCUCGUCGAUACAUAUGGAGAUCUCAGAAAGGCUCAGAUGUCUAUUCAUAGGCUACUCCUCGUUUGCUACUAUCUUGGAGACCGUAGCGAUCUGCUCAACAUUAAAAUCCUGGUGGACACAUACACAAACAUGGGUUGCAUCGAAGCAAAUGAGGAAAUUGCUCAGCCCCUAAUGACAAGACUACAGCAAGACUGCACCAAUAUGCGAAAAUUCAGGGAUGGAAGCAUGACCAUGGCGCAAAUAAUCAAUUAUGUUGGAGUAUCGCCACUUACUCAGCCUGAUGUAAUUCCUCAACCGCCCGAGGUCAAGGCAGCAGGGUUCAUGUGUUGUGCGACCACCUACACGGCGGACAUUUACGCACAAGGCACAAAGACGUCGAAGACAAUGCUUACGAAGAAAUGUAAACAGCUCAUCGAGGAUACAUGGAGAAGGGAAGAGGAGGAGGAAGGAAGGCACAUAGUCUACAGCACUUUACUCGAUCCUUAG